CUGCGCUGGAAGGUGUGAGGCCGUCACUCGGAUGAUUGUGAAAGCCCUAUCUUAAUGUGGAUGCCACGCCAGGAGGAUGAAGGAAGAAAUUGGUUGGGAACAUUUGCAGAUAAUAUACAUUGGACCUGCCAAGUUGAGAGGAAAUGAAAGACUUGAAAGCGUUGAACUAAUACACAAGGAUAUAAAUUGAAAAGCCUUACCUUAACAACACGUGAGAGUCCUCGGUUAGAGCUCCCACUCUUUCUGCUGCUGGAACAGGAAUGGAGGGCUCUGCCGGUCAAGGGUAAAACAGAUGACCGAUCUGGACGAAUCCAUUGGGAUCUAACUGUAUUUUCAUUGAAGUUAAGAUACUAAAAGAAGCUGGUCUUAACAGCCAGCAGCAGAUGUUGCCUGCUGAUCAUUCAUAAAGGUUCAUGGCGUGUUUCUACUUCACUUUCGUUCCUGAUAUACCUGCACAAACUGGGAGUCGCCACUGAUAAGCCUUGGGGGUGAAGAUAUGUUCCGUAACAGCCUAAAGAUGCUCCUCAGCGGUGGGAAGUCCAACCGCAAGAAUCGGUCAAGUGAUGGUGGGAGCGAGGAACAAUCAGAACGGAGACAAACAAGUAUAGAUUUACGACAGAAUCGGUCUGGACAAGGUGUGUCCAGUACUGAGAACGACUGUGCUUUUGAGCCAGAUUACACUGUGCCAACCCUCCCAGUUUCUGAAGGAAUGCAGCACAUACGGAUAAUGGAAGGGAUCUCCCGUUCUCUCCCCUCCUCCCCUCUGCUCACACACCAAUCUAUUAGUGUCCGCCUUCAACCUGUAAAGAAAAUAACAGCCCCCCUGAGGAAGGCGAAGUUUGUGGAAAGCCCUCGAGUCCCAGAAUCGGAGCUCAGCUCCCCAACCAGAGCCACAGUCAAGAAGCCAGACUUGGAUGCUUUCUGCCCUGGUGACUCAGAACAGGAACUAGGACCUCCACCAUCUGUGGAUGAGGCCGCAAAUACACUCAUGACACGGCUAGGCUUUCUACUGGGAGAUAAAGCUUCAGAGGUACAGCAAAGCACAGAAUACAGCAUGGAAGAACAGGAUGAAAACCAGACAUCUACAGAAACACAGCGAAUCAGCCCCUGCUCAACCUUGACUAGUAGUACUGCAUCCCCACCUGCUAGUAGUCCCUGUUCUACCCUACCACCAGCCAGUACGUCUGCAGCUGUUAAGGAUUGCUCUUAUGGAACUGUCACCAGUCCAACCUCCACACUGGAAAGCAGGGACAGUGGCAUUAUUGCAACUUUGACAAGCUAUUCAGAAAAUGUAGAACGCACUAAGUAUGGCGGGGAAAGUAGUAAAGAAUCGAGCUCCAGGACAAGCGCUAAACCGUGGCAUUCUCAAAAAUCUGCCUUGGAUUCCUGCCUAUAUCGAGUGGAUGAAAAUAUAUCUGGCUCCACAUUCAGCUUGAAUAAGUUCCCAGAAAGAAACUUGGAGACGGUCUCAUCUCAGUCUGUUCAGUCCAUCCCUCUGUACCUGAUGCCUCGACCGAAUUCUGUUGCAGCUACAAGCUCUGCUCAUCUAGAAGAUCUAGCUUAUCUUGAUGAACAGCGACACACACCGUUGCGGACAUCUCUGAGAAUGCCACGGCAGCAUGUGGUCGGAGGUCGCACCCCACAGGACCUUCGAGCCUCCACUAAUGCCCAUGCUUGGCACACUCAUUCACUACGUUUUGCACCAUACAGACCUCCAGAUAUCUCCUUGAAGCCACUUCUGUUUGAAGUACCCAGCAUCACCACUGAUUCAGUGUUCAUUGGUCGGGACUGGCUCUUCCAUGAAAUAGAUACACAGUUAAAAUGUGGUAAUCCCAGUGUGAACAGAGGGGUAGUGAUUAUAGCCAAUAUUGGAUUUGGGAAAACAGCCAUCAUCUCAAGACUGGUUGCACUCAGUUGUCAUGGUUCUCGAAUGAGACAGAUUGCGUCUGACAGUCCACAUGCAUCACCAAAGCAUGUAGAAGGUAGCAGGGAUCUACCACUUACACAGCCACCUCAGGCCCAUCCCUCUAUUGCCAGUGGGAGCUGCCCAAGCACACCUGAACUCCGCCGACGCCAGGAAGAAGCCAUGAAGCGAUUGGCCACACAGGUGGUAGCUUAUCAUUACUGCCAAGCUGACAAUGCCUACACCUGCCUAGUCCCAGAGUUUGUACAUAAUGUGGCAGCUCUACUCUGUCGAUCACCCCAACUGGUUGCAUAUAGGGAGCAGCUCCUUCGUGAACCACAUUUGCAGAGUAUGCUCAGCUUGCGCUCCUGUGUUCAAGACCCCAUGGCAUCUUUUAGAAGAGGAGUUCUCGAACCACUUGACAACUUGCGCAAAGAGCGAAAGAUUGCAGAUGAAGACUAUAUCCUCUUAAUUGAUGGCCUGAAUGAAGCAGAGUUCCACAAACCAGAUUAUGGGGACACAAUUGUGUCCUUUCUCACUAAAAUGAUUGGAAAAUUUCCAUCGUGGCUGAAAUUAAUAGUGACAGUUCGAACAACGCUUCAGGAGGUGGCCAAACUUCUUCCAUUUCACAAGAUAUAUCUGGACAAACUGGAUGUGAAUGAGGCAAUAGACCAGGACCUACAGGCCUAUAUCCUUCACCGAAUCCACAGUAGCCCUGAAAUUCAGAAUAACAUCUCCCUUAAUGGUAAAAUGGACAACACAACCUUUGGUAAACUCAGUACUCAUCUUAAAGCUUUGAGUCAAGGGUCAUAUCUCUACCUAAAGCUAACUUUUGACUUGAUUGAGAAAGGCUACUUGGUGCUUAAGAGUUCAAGCUAUAAAGUAGUACCUGUUUCCCUCGCUGAGGUCUACCUCUUACAGUGCAACAUGAAAUUCCCUACACAAUCCUCUUUUGAACGGGUGCUACCACUGUUGAAUGUGGCUGUUGCAUCCUUGCAUCCUAUGACAGAUGAUCAGCUUUAUCAGGCAAUCAAUGCAGGAAAUAUUGAUGGUAACCUUGAGUGGGAGGAUUUCCAACAGCGGAUGGACAAUCUUUCCAUGUUUCUGAUAAAACGUCGGGAUAUGACACGGAUGUUUGUUCAUCCAUCCUUUCGAGAAUGGCUGAUAUGGAGAGAAGAUGGAGAGAAGACCAAGUUUCUUUGUGAUCCCAGGAGUGGCCAUACAUUACUGGCAUUUUGGUUCUCUCGUCAAGAAAACAAAUUAAACCGCCAACAGACUAUUGAGCUGGGACACCACAUCCUGAAGGCACACAUAUUCAAGGGUCUGAGCAAAAAAGUUGGUGUUUCUUCCUCAAUACUCCAAGGGUUGUGGAUAUCUUACAGCACAGAAGGGCUAUCCACUGCAUUAGCAUCUUUACGAAAUUUAUACACUCCAAACAUUAAGGUGAGCCGUUUACUGAUUUUGGGUGGUGCCAACGUGAAUUAUCGGACAGAGGUGUUGAACAAUGCCCCAAUAUUGUGCGUCCAGUCUCACCUUGGUAAUUCGGACAUGGUUGCUCUUCUGCUAGAGUUUGGCGCAAAUGUGGAUGCGUGCUCAGAGAGUGGGCUGACUCCUUUGGGCUAUGCAGCAGCUUCUGGACAUCUCACAGUUGUUCACCUACUUUCCAAACGGCGUGCAAAGGUGGACCAUCUAGAUAAGAAUGGACAAUGUGCUCUAGUGCAUGCUGCACUGCGGGGCCACUUGGAAGUAGUUAAAUUCCUAAUCCAGGCUGAUUGGAUGCUAGCAGGACAACAGCAGGGAGUGUUUAAGAAGAGUCAUGCAGUUCAACAGGCACUGAUUGCUGCAGCAAGCAUGGGAUAUACUGAGAUUGUAUCAUAUCUCCUAGAUCUACCAGAAAAAGACGAGGAGGAAGUGGAACGGGCACAGAUUAACAGUUUUGAUACACUUUGGGGAGAAACAGCAUUGACUGCUGCAGCUGGACGAGGCAAGCUGGAAGUGUGCAGAUUGCUGUUGGAACAAGGAGCAGCAGUGUCACAGUCUAACCGACGGGGGAUUGUCCCAUUGUUCAGUGCAGUGAGACAAGGACACUGGCAGAUCGUGGAUUUGCUGUUAACUCAUGGUGCAGAUGCAAAUAUGGCAGACAAGCAGGGUAGAACGCCUCUCAUGAUGGCAGCAUCAGAGGGACACCUGGAUACCGUGGAGUUCUUGCUUGCUCAAGGAGCAGCACUUUCACUAAUGGAUAAAGAGGGAUUAACUGCCCUCAGCUGGGCAUGUCUGAAGGGUCACUUGCCAGUGGUUCAGUCCCUCGUUGAAAGAGGUGCUGCCACAGACCAUGCAGAUAAAAAUGGACGGACGCCUCUGGAUCUUGCUGCAUUUUAUGGUGAUGCUGAUGUUGUGCAAUACCUUGUGGAUCAUGGAGCAAUGAUUGAACAUGUGGACUACAGUGGCAUGAGACCUUUGGACAGAGCAGUGGGGUGCCGCAAUACAGCAGUGGUGGUCACCCUCCUGAAGAAAGGAGCCAAGAUAGGUCCAGCGACGUGGGCAAUGGCCACCUCCAAACCGGACAUCAUGAUCAUCCUCCUGAGCAAGCUGAUGGAAGAAGGAGACAUGUUUUACAAGAAAGGAAAGGUAAAAGAAGCAGCACAGCGAUACCAAUACGCAUUGAAGAAAUUCCCACGAGAAGGGUUUGGAGAAGAUUUGAAAACUUUUCGGGAGCUGAAGGUGUCCCUGUUGCUGAACCUCUCACGAUGUCGGAGGAAAAUGAAUGACUUUGGAAUGGCGGAGGAGUUUGCAACCAAAGCACUGGAGCUGAAGCCCAAGGCAUACGAGGCGUAUUAUGCCAGAGCUAGAGCAAAGCGAAGCAGCAGGCAAUUUCCAGCUGCUCUGGAAGAUUUGCACGAAGCUGUGAAACUUUGCCCAAAUAACCGUGAAAUACAACGUUUGUUGAUACGAGUAGAAGAAGAAUUCAGACAAAUGCAGUAUGGUCAGCAAAUGCAGUAUGCCCAACAACAACAACAGCAACAGCAACAGACUCAACGAGAAGAUGUAGACUCUAUACAUGAAUUAUAUGAUGAAGAAUAUUUGGAACAGGAGUUGGACAAUGUCUCUGUUGGCCUACAGACAGAAGCGAGAUCUAGCCAAGGACUGCCAGUCAUCCAGAGCCCACCUUCUUCCCCAGCACACCGUGAGCCCAGCUACAGAUCCAGCUCGCCUCUCAACUCCCACCAGGUUUUUGACUACAGACCAACCACAUCAGUCUCCUCCCCGACUCGGCAGGGCUACCAGUCCACAUCACCAUCGCUUUCGCCUACUCACCAGAAUUCUCAUUAUCGGCCUAGCCCUCCACCUACCUCCCCUGCUCAUCAGGGGUCUUCGUAUCGUUUUAGCCCACCCCCAGUGGGUGGACAAAGCAAAGAUUAUCAGUCUAGUCCCCCUCCUUCACCAUUGCGUAGAGCCCCACAGUACAGAUCCAGUCCUCCUGCUGAUAGUAUGAGUAUAUAUAGGCCUCAGUCUGGCUCACCAGUUCGUUAUCAACAAGAACCCACCAUAGGUCAGCUUCCUGGUAGGCCAAAGUCUCCUUUAUCCAAAAUGGCCCAAAGACCCUAUCAGUUAUCUCAGCCACCAGCAGGUUUACCCCAACAAGGGCUUAGAUUACAGCCAGCCAAGGCCCAAAUCGUACGCACUAAUCAGCCGAGCUCAGCAGUACAUUCAAGUGCUGUUAUACUUGGCGGUUCCUAUAAUCAGGGGCCCCAUUCCAUGAGCACUAAACUUCAAUCGUCUUCAGUUGAUAUGGCUCCUACUCAAAGUCGCUUGGUUUACCAGCCUGUAAUGGGUGGAGUGGUGGCUGACAGCAGACCUGUCCAGCAUGUACAAGCCAGUCUAAGUGCCGGUGCAAUAAGCAAUGUUUGCCAGCAUCCAGGAGCUGUAAUGACUAAAGAGGAUCACAACCAAAGACCCUCUUCUGCCUUCCGAGGAGGGAUGAGGUAUGGCCAAACCCCUCAAAUUGGUCGCAGUCAGUCUGCUUCAUAUUAUCCUGUUUCCCACUCCAAGCAUGAAUUAGAAAGAUCUUCUGUACCAUCCAGCCAGAUUGCAUCUCCAGAUGUAUCUCACAUGAUCAGGAGGGCACUCACGGUGAAUCCUCCUGAAAUUAAACCUCACCCACCAACACCUCGACCAUUGCUCCAUUCUCAAAGCACUGGCCUUCGUUUCUCCCCCUCUAACAGCAGCCUUUCUUCUAGCUCCAAUAUUGUGUCUUCAUUCCGUCCUUCUGCAUCCAUCCAACAGAUGGAGAUUCCACUCAAGCCCUCUUAUGAGAGCCGACCUUGUGAAGAACAGUCCCCCAUCUCUCCAACACAGGGUUACCCUGGAGAUUCUGGUCGUUCCAGGACCACACCUUUCAUGGGGAUAAUAGAUAAAACAGCACGGACACAGCAAUACACUCACAUGCACCAGCAGAGCCGGACGUGGGCUGUGUCAUCUGUUGACACUGUCAUCACCAGCCCCACCUCCUCUGGAGGAAUGUCCCCCCAGUCUGGUUCCUAUAGUCCACCCCCAGUUAGUAAUAUUGCUUUCUUCAAUAAGACUAACAAUGCCCAAAAUGGCCAUCUGAUAGACGAUGAUUUAUGUGUCUCCCAUGGGAAGCUGACCAAUGGAUCCCGGGCAGAGAUUUUGGAGAGGGUUAGUCAGGCUCCCUCAUACCCAGAUGUGAAGGUGGCUAGAACGUUGCCUGUUGCCCAAGCAUACCAGGACAGCAUAUAUCGGCAGCUCUCCAGAGACCCACGACAAGGGCCAACGUCACCUUUAAAACCAAAGAGACCAUUCGUAGAAUCAAAUGUAUAAAGGGAAUUCUCUAGAUUCUAAAUCCCAUGUUGUGAGCAGGUUUGCAAUUAAACUCCUUGCACAUGUAGCCACACAGUGCACUGUACAAUGAAGCUGCUUCCACUUACAUAUGAAAUAAGCCAGAAAAGAAACCAAUAGUGGGUUCAGUUCCAUUCCGUUGCUUAAUUAUGAGUAGUUUCUAACUUUUCUAACUAUUGUACAAAAGUUUAAAUGUCAGGAACGAAAAAGGUGAUACGAAUAUCAAAGUAUGAAUGCUCAAGUGAUGAAUGUUUAGACUAAUGCAUCAGAUCAGUUUGUUUUUAUUUUACAUAGGAAGGUUAACAUAUUAUGAGUAAUUUUAUUUAGGCUUUUUAAAGAAGUCUGACACACGAGUUACAAUAAGGUGCAGAUAAUGACAUUUAUUUUCAAAGACACUGCUGUGUUUGUACAGCUCGUAAUCAGUUUACUAUGAUUUAUAUGUAAUGCGUGUAUUACACUGAACUGUUGGUACGUUUCCAGAACCUCAGACACCAAUCUGCAUUUUAUCUUGAAAUCAGUUCUCUGCACUAGCAUGGGAUCAGGACUAAUUUACCUUCAACGAUACACAGUGAGUGUUUGCUUCAGCUGCGAGGUUAUUCUGUUUAAUACUGUAAAUGUUGUAUGAAGUUUUGCUCUCUACCAAUCUGUAGUUGUUAAUAUUUAAGAAUAUUUUAAGUUAAGUCAACUUACAUCAGGUAAUUUUUUUAAAAAAAACUUUAUUUUAAAACCAGGUGCAACUAUUGUUAAAUUUAUGAAUAGAAGGGGACAUUCCCAAAGCAAAGAAUAUGGGAGCUAAUUUUCCACUGGCAUUCUCCCACUCCUUUGUCUUAUCUUUAACAGAAGAGUCACAGAAACCCUGGAGAAAGGGCAAUGACACCUUUUUUUUCUGGGUUUUUCGGUGCUAUCUCACCAGAUGAGUGGGGGGAUGUUACAGGCUACUUUCCAUUUUUAUUGGCUAGCUUCUCCAUCUCUUGCAUUAACUGCAGUAUUCUGUCACACCUCUCUUGAAAAGAAAACCAGGUGCUCGUACAGAAAUUUCUUUAUAAUUUUAAUGUCAACACUGGAACACUUUCACAAUUCACACCCCACUUCUGCCAUUCAGCAACUGGAAACAUAAUUGCCUUAACACUUCUAAUAUAAAAUAAUUGUUUUAAAAUGUUGCAAAAACACUUGAGAAAUGUUCUGUAGACCUUGGCAAUUUGUAUUCCUAAUAGAAUGAAAUUUUGUUAACAAAUGAUUUGAUGAGUUGAAAUGUGCCCUCCUGAAAAGAUGAAACACAAUGCCUGUUAAACAUGACUGUCAUAUUGGUAACCUGUGUUAUUUUCAAAUAUAUUUAGCAGUAAUUCUUAGUCAGAUUUGAUUGCCCUGAUGAAAAAGCUCCCCAUUCACUUUUGAAUCUUUCUUCUCCUCAAUUUGUUUCAGAAAUUCCACUUUCUUUGUACAAUUUAGGGUCCCAAACUAGAAAUAUCACUAUCUGGUUAGAACAGAACAAAACUAGUCUUGUUUGGUCCAUUGUUCUUUAAAUCUGGAAAUACCAUAGAUUUUUAAUUCUGUAUUCAUGUUUUAAAAUAUGGACUUUCAAAACACGCUGUACAUGAACUUGAAAUAAGCCAGGUCAUUUUUUUUCCCAAUUAACAUCCCUGAAUUUGUUUCGGACUUUAUUUUGCAUGAUUAUUUUUUCAGUUACCUCCUUACCCCUUCCUCUUGUUUCUGUAUCAUUCAGAGUGUGGAGCUCUUGAUAUCCUGAUUUGAAAACUGAACCACAAUUAAUGUGGAAUGAAGUUCAUGCCUGCCUUGCUUCUCCAGGCCAUGCCAAUGUGAAAUGUUUCACUCUGCUUGCCACAACUUCAUUCUACCUAAUGAACAUCACGAAUUCACUCUAUCAACACUGUUCCAUGAUGCACCAUUUUCUCUCCCUUUAUUACUCAUACUGAACUCUCAUUUUUAUCACUCAUACCUUUUAUUCACUACCUUCCAUUCUCAGUUUCCUUUUCUGAUCACAUGAAUUCGUCAGCUGCUGAGUUCACUUGUGAUGUUGUGUCUCAGUUGUGUCUACUUUACUGUCAUGUAAUUCUAUUCAUAUUUGGAAAUGUCCCCUAAAUGCAGUUCAGCUUAGCAAAGUUAUAUGAAGUCAUUUUAGCAUUUGCACAAGGAUAGGCAAAAAAAAAUCCACAAUGUGUAGUUUCUUAAGUACAGCAGCACAUUAUUUGACAGAAUUCUUACACUGAAAGUUUGUCAUCUGCAUUUCCUGUAAUAUGAGUGCACUUUAUCGUUAACCUUUAUAUAGUGGAAUGAUAAUUGUGACUAGUGUUCUCAGUAGGAGAUAAACAGUUGUAACUCUUGGUGUAUUUCACAGAAAAAGAAAAAGCAAAAUACUAAAUUUUUAGCACAAUGAUUUGCUGUAAAUAAAUGUCACAGUGUCGGGCAUUAAUCCAGUAUCCCUCAAAUGCUCUUCCUUGGAAACUUCAACAGUGCACAACUUAACUCUCACUUUCAUUAUGUAUAUGUUGUGCGUAAAAUUGAAAUGGUACAUGCUAUCUAAAUACAUACAAAAAUCAGUCUUCUGCCAUAUGCCUAUAAUAUUUUUAUAAUGUAGAAUCCAUUAGUUGAAACCUACCAUUCUAUUGAUAAAAGAUGGCAUGUAAAGUAUGCUGAUUACGCACUAUCUUGUUUAUGAAUCUAGAUUAGAAUAGCACAGCUAAAUAUUAAGGACGAGUAUUUGGAUUUGCUGUCUGCAGCUUCCAUUGAACUCUAGUUAGAGAAGACUUGAGUUGCAGGGGUUAGUGAGGAGAAACAGGAAGAGAAGAGCCUCCCAAAGCUGCUGGGAAGUUAGAUGCUACAGAUGGACAGACUCCAUGAGCCACACGGAGCCUAGCAUAAGCAUCUACAUAUGCAGAUCCGCAUGAAGUGUUGAAGUAAUUGAUAAUUACCAGCCCCAAAGGCCAGAAAUCGUUUCGCAAAAUUACACUUGUAGAGUGUACAAAUGCAGAAGGAGCAACAUAGAAAACAGUUGUAUUGUUUUUCUUGACAAAAUGCAUAAUUAACCACAUGGUUUGUUUUAGAUCCUGAAUUAAUAUUGACCAUGCCACAGUUCAACAAAUUAAAACCUAAUGUGGAGUUAAGUUGUGUUGGUUGAAUGUUUCCUCCAGCCUGCAGCUUUGGAAAUGCCAGGAACUUGCUAGCUCACCCAGUAUUGCUGCAACUCCCUACACUUGAUGUCGAUAUCUAGCACAGACCAGUUAAAACCUACAUACUUUUGUUAUGAAGGCACUCAUUUACACGUAUUACUGAGUCUUGCUGUUCGUGCUGAAGAAAUAAUUGUUACUUUUGGUAGUCCAACUUGUGGCCAGUGUGAAUAAUGCACUCCUAAUGCCAAUGGAGCAAUGGGAAUUGCCCCUCAACCGGGUAACUGAAGGACCAUUUUAUAAGUGUGUCAAAUUUACUUUCUGGCGUAUUUACAGAACACUAAAUUGCUGCUGUAUAUGGCUAUAAUUUACUCAUUAAUUUGAUUUAUGACACUUGGCAUUAAAGUUACUUACAGCUCCUGUCACCCUCAGCAACAAACAUUCUUCCAAUUACUCCAAUGAUGCUCUGAAGCUCCCUCUUUAAUUGAAACAAAUUGAGGCAUUAAUACUUUAACCUUGGUUUCUAAGAUGCAAGUGCACACAAAAUAAAUUCAGUGUACUUACCACGCAGGUAUUGGUUUUUAAACAAAAUAGAAACCUAAUCCACAUGAAGGCGCAGCAUCCUUUAUCUUAGCAUGAGAAAAAGGCGUGGGGGUCCAUCGGGGGAGGGAGUUGUAAAAUCAAGUCUGUAUAGACAAACAAUAUGUCUUAAAAUAUAUCGAUAAAUAACUGUGGAGAAACUGGUUAAACCUUGUAAUAUGCAGUGUUGGAAAGCUACUUCAGGAAUUUACUAUUUCAAAAGUGCCAUGAUUUGAAAUGUAAUUUAGUAAAUACAUAUCUGCAGAUAUCUUACUUAUCAUCAGUUGCUUCCCUCUCUUUCUCUCUCAUCGUUGCACAGUUCAGUAUUUGAUAUUUGGACUGGCUUAUUUUCCCACAUUCAUCGGAGAGUUAAGGGAGGAAAUUAAAAUAUUGGGGCAAGGUGCAAUACAAAGUCCAUGGAUAUCAAUUAUUAGACCUUUAUCAGAAUUAUCAUGAGCUCUAUGAAGUUUCAGAAUGUUGUUUAUUGAAAUGUACAUGUACACCUUCAUUCUAAUUUUGAAUAUAGUUAGAUAUACUUGCAAAUCAAACUUUUAAUGGUGAUUAACACUCCAGGUAGAUAGCACACUUCAGCCUGGUUCUUUUCAUCUAUUUGGAUUCAGUCAAAACAGAAACAACAUAUAGUAUAAAUUAAUUUCCUUCUUACUGAGGAGUGCAAUUUUUUUUAAGUAAAUAGAUACAGAAACAGCUGCGGCAGGGAUGCAUGUAGGUACUUUUUUCUCCCCUUGAAAAUGAUUGAACAGAAUACUAAACAUUUGAAUGUAAUUACAGAAAAUUAAAUUGUACCAUGUCAUUUCUGUGUGGAUUCGUGGAUUCUUUUAUUUUCUCUGUACUGUUAAUAAUGCUCCAAGAAGGCAUCUGUACACAGUGAGACACCAGCUGGGAAACUGUAUAAAAGUCUUUGGUUUUCUGUUGUGUCUCUGUCUUUCGACUCAUCCCUCCCUCCCUCCCUCUCUCUCUCUCGCUCUCUCUCUGUCUCUUUCUUUCUCUCUCUCUCUCUCUCUCUCUCUCUCUCUCUCUCUCUCUCUCUCUCUCUCUCUCUCUCUCACCCCCCCUCUCUCUCCGACUCUGGUUCCAGUGCGCUCUCCCAUUCUCCCUCUCCGGCUCUCUCUGUGUCUGUCCCUCCCCCUAACUUUUGAUGUAAAGAAUUUUUCUCUGUAUAUUAUAAACUGCAUGUUUUGUUCCAGUACUGAUUAAUAAUUACAGAAGGUUGUGAUAUUGUAUCCAGGUCGCUCUGGGCUGCGGCCCCUUCCAUAUUUUGGAUGGAGAUUUCUCUUUGCUGUAUUGCUUGCUGAGCAGAGUAAUAUUGUCUGUACAUGUGGGCUGUGAGUUAGUGCAAAACAAAACAAAAAAAUAAACGAAUGCUUUUGUUUUUAUUUUUGAUUUACAGAUUGUGAUCUGUACAAUUUACUGUAUGAAAAUACUGUACCUAUUUAUAAAUGGUUAACACUUCAAAUUAAAUGAAACACA